AUGGCUCGCCGCAUGUCUCUCAAGAGUCGCCAGGAGUUUCGCAGUCGUGUGUUGGAUGUGGCACCGCUUUUCAUGGUGGAAGGUGCGGUGCGGUAUGCUGAGGUUGUCAAUGAGCGCACGGCCUGGACUGCUGAGUGUGACGGCUCCGUCGGUGUGCGGAGCAUUCCAAAAGGAACUGAGCUGCGAAACCUUUCAGGGCGAGAGGGCGUCUUCUGCAACUGUCUUUUGUUUGUCGUAAAAACAGGAAAGGUGUGGACCGCCUUCAGUGAUGGUUUUAUCCGCGUCUACGACGCCAAUACUUUCUCCAUGGAGAAUGAGUUUGUGCAGCACAAAGGGGCGGUGGAGUGUAUCGCUGAGAUGGAGGGUCGUAUUUAUACGGGUGGGCGGGACUGGAAAAUAUACCAGUGGGUGCCUGAGAGCUACCACUACGAGCGACAAUUCUCGGGGCACGCCAACGCCGUCCGGUGCCUCUGCCCAUACACCGGAAGCACAGGGGCUGUGCUGUUUACAGGAGGCGACGAUGGCAUGGUCAAGGCCUGGAAUCCGUACCUCCCAGAGAAGCAGUCGAAGGAAAACGAUCCCUGCAUGCACACCUUUGAAGGACACACACGCGGGGUCUGGGCGUUGGAGCUCGUGCGCCCAAACAACCAGCUGUGGUCGGGGGGCGAGGACACCAGCAUCCGGGUUUGGGAUCUUCAGUCGUUAAGGUGCGUCACUGUGUUGGAGCACCACAACUCCCCCGUUGCCUGCUUGACACUCGUGGGGCACCGUGUCUGGAGCGGCGACAAGCAUGGCCGCAUUCUCCUGUGGGAUCUAAAAACCCUCUCCCCCCUGCAGGAGCUCUCGCAGCAGAUGCCGGAGGGGCACAGAACGGUGCUUGCCAUACGAAAGUUGGUCCCGGCAGUGGCCUGGAAGGUGUGGACCACAGGCUCUGCGGGUCACAUUUACUGCUGGAAUGCCGACUCCAUGCCGCUGCUGUUUGACCACAGCACAAGCGGAGAGAUGCUACCGCACACGGACGAGGAGCGUGUGCGGGCGCUUGAGCGAGACAACGAGGCGCUUCGCGCGGAGCUUGCGAGACUGGCAAAGCAGCUGAAGAAGGAAUACAAGCGUGCCAUGCUUGAGUUCUCCCACCAGGUGCAGGACAAGCAACCCCUCCUGGACAGCGAUGACGGCCUGCGACAGAAACUCCGUGGGAGGCAGCGAUCACAGAGUGCCGGCAACGCCGGGGCCGCCAAAAAAGGAGACCGCUCGUCGCACACAAGCCCCGCCUCUCCCCUCUCUAGACGCGUUGUGUCGCCGGCACCGUCAAGCGCUCUCUCAGUCGCCGCUGAUCAAGCGGGGGCGGGCGUGCGCAGUGACGUGCCCUCCUCGCUCCUUUUCACGAGGACCGUGGACCACGCGGACUCGGCGCCCAUCAUUACAACGCACGAGCGCUUCUUUCCUGGCAGCGAAUGGAGCGAGAUCCUGCCUCGCAGCGAAGCGGAACUCCGCAUGGCGUUCACGCGUGAGGCGGCGCAGGCGCUGGGCCUACCUGCUGACCACUUCCAGCGCCUCUCGCUGCGGUCCACGCCUCACGGGCUUAUUGCCUCAGUCGCCGUCCAGCACCCCUCGUCUAUACACGCGGACGACGUUCAACGCCACCUCGAAGAACACCCUUUUCUUGACGUUCUCAACCGAUACGCAGACGCAUUGGCGAAGAGCAACAAGGCACUCAAGGAGACCAUUGCCCACGGUAAAGAUGAAAUUAACUCAACCUUGCCAUCAAAAGACAAUGACAAUAACAAUGCACCAAACAGCCCUUUCGUCAAAAGAGCAAAGGACAAAGAAAUAGACAAGUUGAACGAUGAACUUAAAAGAGUCAAGAAAGCCUAUCAAAGGCUGCAAAAAGAGCAUCAGGAACUACAUAAACGACUGAAUACAGUGGAGCCUCCGGGCCGCAUCAACGCCCAGGAGGAGUACGAGGCGCUGAAGAGCUUCGUGGACGGCUCCCUCAAGCCGCAGAUCUCGCGGCUGACGCGGAUGAACGGGGAGAAGGACCUUGACCUGCGCGCAAACGAGGAGCGCAUCAGGCAGCUGCUGCGGGAGCUGGAGCUGCUGCAGAAGAGGCCGGCGGCGAAGGAGCCUCCGGGCCGCAUCAACGUCCAGGAGGAGUACGAGGCGCUGAAGAGCUUCGUGGACGGCUCCCUCAAGCCGCAGAUC